AUCUGUGUACUUUUAGUAACAGUUAGGCGCGGAUACAGACUGGACAGGCGGGUUUUAGUCAGGGUGGCAGCAUCCGAAAUCUCAGUGACUCUCUGCCGAGUUUGACGUCCCUGUUUGUCCUCGUAGCUUCUUUAGCCGCGGUCUCGGACUACCUCAGUGAAACCAAAUGACUCAGUUGGAGCUUAGUGAACCAAGAAACCUGCAAAAAUGAUGUGGAGUUCAACCAUCGCCUUAAACAAGUGACUUUUAUAUGAGAACAUGUAUAUAUUUAUAUCUAUGGAUCCAUUUGCAUAAACAGGAUGCAGCUGUAAAUGGAUAUUACAAAGUGAUGGAGGACAGUCAAGACAGCCCUGCAGAUGAGUGGCCCCCCACCGCUGUAGAACAAGGGCACGUCCACGUCUGGCACUCGGCGGCAUCCACUGAGCAGCUUUCUCCAGAGAGAGCGCUGCUGUCCACCUCUGUUGUUCAGGUGUCCCUGGGAGAUCAUCACGGCCUCCUGUUAGCACAAGGUGGUCAGGUGUUUUCGUUUGGAGAGCUUACAUGGCGAGACCUGAGGGUCCCGCUGUCUGCCCCUGUCCUGGAGGUCUCUCUACUGGGGAAGGCGGCGGUGGUGUUCGUUGCUGCUGGGGGCUUCCACUGUGGCGCUCUCACGGAGCAGGGCAGCGUCUUCAUGUGGGGGGAGAAUGCAGCAGGGCAGUGUGGUCUGACAGAAAGGGGAGCAGUCACAAACAUCUCAGUGCCUGAGCCCAGCCUGGUCAGCGUGGUGGACACGGAGGUCAUUCCUCCCAUGGUGGUUCAGGUGGUGGAGCUGGCCUGCGGGCGGGAGCACAGCCUCGCCCUGUCGGCCCAGAACGAGCUGUGGGCCUGGGGCAGCGGCUGCCAGCUGGGCUUGGUCACCAGCAGCUUCCCGGUGAAGAAACCCAUGAAGGUUGAACACUUGGCAGGGAGACAUGUGAUUCAGGUGGCCUGUGGAGCGUACCACAGUCUGGCCCUCGUUCGCACUUUACCUCCUCAGGUCUAUAAAACCCAGAGUUCUCCUAAAAUAAGGGAGCGAGGUCCGUUGAAUCACUGUCCUGUGAGCGACAGAGAGGAGCUGCUUUCCAGUGAUGAAGCUCACUACUGUCCGCUUGGGGUGGAGCUGAAGGACGACGUGAAAAUAGAGAGUUCUCCAAGAAGACAAAUCCCAAAGCAGAAGCUUCAUCCCGGGAGAAAGUCGACGGACAGCAGUCCAGGCUCCAGAGCCAGUUUCUGCUUGUUUUCUGAAGAUGGCUUAUCUGACAAUAGACUAGGAAACAUUUCUGUGGGUUCUUGGCCUGAUUCUGGAUUCCAGACUGACAGCAGUCCAGGAGCCCAACAGCUCUGGAUGUCCAGCAAGAGUUUCCCUGUUGAAGCCGAACACCUGGCAGGUUCAUCGCUGGAGUCGCAGCACACGGCUCGGACAGGAGAAACCGACUCACUGAGCAGCCACACUUCAGAUGACAGCUGUGUUUCAUCCGUUCCUUCUUCAGAUCUGAUGGCUUCCAGUUAUAAAAACGACUCUUCUUGUAAGCGAUACAUUAGCAGCAGCAGUGGACAGUCUGCGCUGUACUCCUCCUCCCCAUUGUGCUUGGAAGAAAUUCAUCUUUCUCUCCAGAAUGUGAAGAGCUCCAGUCUCACCAACAUUCACGAAAAAGGGAGUGCAGCGGCGAGCAGGAGACGCUCACUUCCUGGAACCCCCACCCAUGGUUCCCCUCAGCGUCAUCGCCUGUGCGCCUGCAGGCCGCUCUCUGGAGGACGGGUUCAGGCUGCAGCAUCAGAGGCGGCAGGAGACGGACUGCCAUCUCUGGAGACAGAGGUCUGGAGCUGGGGCCGAGGGUCCGAGGGGCAGCUCGGGCAUGGAGAUCAGCUGGCCAGGCUCCAGCCUCUGUGUGUGAAGUCUUUGACAGGCCAGGAAGUGAUCAAAGUUGCUGCAGGGUCGCACCAUUCGCUGGCUCUGACUGCUCACUGUCGGGUGUACUCAUGGGGAAGUAACAUAUCCGGGCAGCUCGGUCAUGUCAACAUUCCUGUCACUGUGCCGCAGCAGAUUAAGCUCCCUGAUGGUCUUCAUGUGUGGGAUCUGUCUGGCGGUCAGAGCCACUCCCUCCUCCUGGCUGACGGUGACUGCGUGCAGCCGGCUCUGUUGUACUGCGGCCAGCAGCAGGAGCCCCUCCCUGCAAAAACUGCCACGCUCAGGAGUCUGAGCUUAUGCCAGAGGUCACCCAACAGGGCGGAGAGUUACAGAGUCAGACCCACCCAGCUUUGCCUGGACAUCGAGAUGGGUUACAUCAGCAGCGUGAGGAGUGGAGGUCAGAUGUGCGCAGUGUUGACGAACCGCAACAUCAGGGGCUUCACCUCCGCCAUCCAUGAGCUGGCCUCCAAAGAGAGACGGCUGUACUGCUGGCUGAUCGGCGUCAGGAGGCUCCUCCUCUCUCCUCUGCGUGACAGACAGAGUUUGUGUCUGCUGUUAGGAGAGCAGUGCUCCCAGCUGUUCUCCACACUCUGCGAGACGUUUGCUCGCCUCAGUGCUCUUGCCGGCCGCCAUUCAACGUCGCUUAACUACUUCCUGCACAAUGGGCACAUCCGGGAUGUGACGUCUCUUUCCCUGCUGACCCACACAGAGUUUUUUCAGGAUACUUAUAAGAAAUACUGCUCUGCGGUGGACGACUUUCUAGUAAUGGGUGGAUUCCAGUCGCUUCACAGCCUUUCAGUUGAAUGUCUGGCCGCUCAGCAGACCACACUCUCUCAGCUGUGCGGCUCAGACCAGCCGGUCGGCGGGGAAGUCGAUCUGGUUUCAGUCUUCCACUGGCCUCUGCAGCAGCUCAGCCAAUACCACCGAACCCUGCUCAGAUUGACGGCCUGCUACGACGUGUCGACUAUUGAGUAUCAGUUGCUCAAUCAAGGUUGCACUCAGUAUGAGAGUCUGUCUCUGUUUUUGCUGAAAAAGAAGAAGGAGGCUGAAACCACCUUCCUCUUCUGGAAAACCCACUGUGGUAAAGCUACAGAGGGCCUGCGUCUCCCGCAGCGGCGUUUGGUGUGCGAAAGCAGCAACAGAUCCCUGACUCCGCAGAACGCCGGCCGCUUCUCCAGUCACUGGUUCAUCCUGUUUAAUGACAUCCUCGUUCACACACAGGGUACUAUUCCCUCCAAAAGCUUUCUCUCCGUACAUCACAUCUACCAUCUGAGUUGGCUGUGGGUGAAGCCCGUCACCGAGGACGACGGCGAACUCUGUGCCAUCAGAAUAACAUGUCCUGAGGAGGUUUUUACUCUUGUGGCCUCAUCACCUCAAGAAAAGAACAAGUGGCUGAGGUCUCUGAGCCAGGCGGUGGAUCGGGCGCUGGGGGGUUCAGGGGAGGGCUCACCUGGCCAGACAGCCAUGUCUCGCACGGCGUCCUACACGUUCACUGCAGACGAACGCCUCAGAGACGCUCAGUACACUGGGGGGUGGCUGGCAGGUCGUCUACAUGGGAGAGGAACCAUGAAGUGGCCUGAUGGACGCUUGUACAAAGGAAACUUUAAAAAUGGAUUGGAGGAUGGUUACGGUGAGUGUACAAUUCCAAACAAAGAGUCCAACAAACCAGACAGCUACCAAGGGCAAUGGAAGGAAGGCAAGAUCCAUGGUUAUGGCAAAUACAAGUACGCCAGCGGGGAAGUGUACGAGGGCUGCUUCUGGGAGGGCCAGCGCCACGGCUAUGGCAUGCUGAGCUCCGGUAAACUGACCAGGACAUCCUCCAGCAUGUUCAUUGGUCACUGGGUGCAUGACAGAAAGACAGGAUACGGAGUCUUUGAUGAUAUCACCAGGGGGCAGAAGUAUAUGGGAUUGUGGCUGGACGAUCAGCGCCAUGGCAACGCUGUUGUCAUCUCGCAGCAUGGUCUGUACUUUGAAGGGACUUUUAGAGAAAACAAGAUGAGUGGUCCAGGUCUGCUGGUGUCGGAGGAUGAAACCACUUUUCACGGAGAGUUCUCGGAUGACUGGACCGUGAAUGGGAAGGGCGCUCUGCUCCUGGCCAAUGGGUUCUGUCUCAAAGGCAUGUUCAGUGGAGAGUGGAACUCGGGGCUCAAGGUGGUGGGAGUGUACACCAAAGCAGACGUCGAUGACUCUGAAAGCAAAGACGAAUACCCCACAAACAGGUUGGGUCAGUAUGUGGUGCCUGCAGCUCAGAGGUGGAGCUGCGUCUUUGAUGAAUGUUGGAGUCGGCUGGGUUGUGAUGCUGCUGGGAGUGGAGACAGAGCCACAGCCUGGGGGAACAUCGCUGUCACUAUCACAACAGCUCGGCGACAGAGCCCAAACCUCAGCAAAUCUCAGAGCAAACUCCUGGAGAGUCUGGAGUUUAUUCCUCAGUAUGUAGAGCCGGUCACCACGGCGAACUACGACAGCAUAAGAAGAUACCUCUGCAAGGCCUGCGAGACCCCCCACCACCCUCUGGGCUGGCUGGUGGAGACGUUGGUGACGGCCUACAGGAUGACCUACGUGGGCUCAGACCGGAGGCUCCUCCCGCAGGCCGUCGCUGAGGUCCAGGCCUACCUCACUCACUUCUACAGCAUCGUCAGGUUUCUGUUUUCAGGGCUACAGGAGGACGGCAGCGUCUUACCUGAACCUGCGUCUUCAUCUAAGAGUCGAGGCGACUCGAUGACCGAAUGGCAGAGUGUUGUGGUGGUGAGCUGCUCCUCUCUGCUCCUCCCCCUCCUGCUCCCGCGUCUCUACCCUCCUCUCUUCGAGCUCUACUGUCAGCAGGAGGAGCAGGAGGAGGUCCAGUACUGGCAGCACAUCCUCACCUUCAACAAGCAGCCCGACCAAUCCCUGCUCAGCUUUCUGGGUGUGCAGGAAAAGUUCUGGCCUCACUGGAUGUCAAUUCUGGGGGAGAAAAAGCAGAUUGUGUCCAGCAGUAAAGACGCCUGUUUUGCUUCAGCUGUGGAGACUCUGCAGCAAAUCAGCACCACCUUCACGCCUGGAGACAAACUUCUAGUGAUUCAGGAAACGUUCAAGGAGCUGAAAGCGGAGGUGAAACCUUUCCUGAACGGAGACGUCCUGUGGUGCAUGGACGACCUGUUACCUCUGUUCAUGUAUGUGGUGAUCAGAGCCAGAAUCAGAAACCUUAAAGCUGAAGUCAGCCUGAUAGAAGACUUGAUGGAUCCCAACAUUCAGCAUGGAGAGAUGGGAUUGAUGUUCACAACACUGCAGGCCUGCUACUUCCAGAUCCAGAAGGAAUCCAUGACGUAGCAGACGGUGGAAGAAUCUGCAGAGGGAGGAGAUGCACAGGAACACGUCGCCAUCUGGUGGACACGUUUGAAACAAAACGAUCAACAACUGUAGACAUUAAUACUAUCACUGGAUGAUGUAAAACUAUAUUUUUAACCUAAAAUAAGAAUAUUUUUUUAACAGUUUUGCACCAACAGUCAGUUCCAUGACUUUAAUCGUUCUUUAGAAAUAAUUUAUUCUCUAAGAAUAAUUUAUUAUUACUAUAUAAAUAAGUUGUGUUCAUGUUUAAAUUGAGGAUAUAAGGAAAAAUGCUAAUAAUUGGCCUUUUUUUUAUUUAUAAAAACCUGUAAGCACUUCAGGCAAGUUUAACUUUAACAAUAUUUGAAGGGAAAUCUUAAUUGACUAAAGUAAUGAGCCAGUAUUUUCCCUAAACCUGGUUAAAAAAGAAUUUUGAAUAUAGUUUGCAGUUCUGUGACCCGCUGUGUUUGCUGGUGUUGAGAGGCUGUGAAUUAUUUAUGAAGAAAAUGUUAAAAUUGAUGGUAAACUGUACAUUUGAUGUUUGUUUUCAUAAAAUUAUUGUCUUAUUGUUAAAAAUUACAAUUAGGACCUUUUGCAUUUGAGUGUUAGGUCACCACACUAAACCCCUUUUGGAGUCAAAAGUUUACAAAAUAAAAGCAUAAAUAAAUCAUGUAGCUGUAUAUGCUCGGGUUCUUUAACAUAAAAAGAUUUCAAUUAUAUUUUGUUAAAAUAUGUUGUGUUACAAAUAAAUCACAGCAGUUAACAUGAAACAUCGUUUUAAUUAAAAAGCGAAAAUGUCUGAGACUUGUUAAAGUUCUGAGCUAAUACUAUAAUUUAUUCUAACUUAAAAAACUUUAGGUCUUAAAUUAAAGUUUGAUUAAAAUAUUGUGUUGAAGUUGAAUGGACUGCUGCCUUGUUACUGAUGCAAAAGGGAAGAAAAGAAGGGACUAGAUUUUGUAAUUUGAUCAUUUUGGCCUCAUGUCAGUGUUUCUGUUGUGUAUUUGUGUAUUGUUUCACUGUAAUUGUGCUGCCACUAGUGUCGUGUUUCACAGAAUAUAUGUUCGGUACUGCUGAGUUUUUCUCAUCAGCACUUUUGGAAGCAGAAAAUCUUCAGGUCUGAGAUUUGUCACAAAUGAAAAAAAAAUAAAAUAAAUAAAAAUUAAGUUAUUUAUUCAUCACCAUAUUUGUAAUUGAUGCUGUUUCAAUGUUGAAAUUGCAGCUGCCUGAAGGGAAAAACUGAACAAACGGGAAUGGAAAAAGUAUUUUGCCUCAACUAUGAAGCUAAAAUGUGUUUCCAGUUUAAAGGAAACUAAAGAUGAAAAACUGUAACAGAGUUUUGUAUUUUAUUUUAAACUAAUGAAAUCAGAUGAACUAAUAUUUGAUCAAUGCGCACAGAAAUGAAAUAAUGUUUGUAUAAAAAGGGAAAUAAAUUGCAUAUAAUGAGA